AUGCCGAUAUUACGCGCGAGCUCUCUGCGGAGCUUCCAGACUGCUUUGCGAUCCACCACUACCCGGGCAACAGCACGAGCGGCCGCUCCAGCCCGAACGCAGCUGGUUGCGAAACGCUUCAACAGCAGCGGCGGCAGCGGUGGUCAUGGGCACGGAGAGCCUUCCUCUGACCUCCCAUGGCUCUUGACCGCUUUGGUGGUUACUCCACCAGCGGCAUGGUACCUCUGGCCGGAAGAGUCGCACGACUCUGGACACCACGGAGACCACGAUGGUCACGGCGACGAUCACGCUGAAAAGGCCGAUGAGGGAGAGGAAGAGGCUCCUGCUGAGGAGGAGAAGUCAGAGGAGAAGGGCGACGAGAGUGAGAAGUCAGAGGAGAACUCCGAGGACAAGGAGGAGAAGUCUGAAGAGAAGUCUGAGGAGAAGGAGGAGAAGUCUGAGGAGAAGGAAGAAAAGUCCGAAGACAAGAAGGAGGACAAGUCCUCCGACGACAAGUCCUCCGACGACAAGUCCUCCGACGACAAGUCCUCCGACGACAAGUCCUCCGACGACAAGUCCUCCGACGACAAGUCCUCCGACGACAAGUCCGAUGAGAAGUCCGACGAGAAGAAAGAUCAAAAGGACAAGAUUGCCGAGAAGGACGAAGUCAAGACAGCUGAGAAGAAGCAGGGUGAUGAUUCGACCACUUCCGACAAGGCGAUGAAGCUCGGCGAAGGAGCUAUUGCAGCUACCUCGGCGAGCAAGCCUAAGGGCAAGUCGCAGGGCGACAUCACCGUCAAGCAAGGCGGUAUGUCAAACACGGAUACGAAGCACUCUACAAAGAUUGGAGCUGGAUCCGAGAAAUCGACAAAGGGCGAUGGCAAUCCGGAAACUGCGAAGUCGAAAGGCACCGUCGAUCCCAACGCGCCCGUGAAAUAA